GUAUCAAAACCUUAAUAAAUGCAUAAUUUUGGCCACGAAUAAAAAAAUGUUACGUAAUAACGUCAUUUGAAAAAUCCGUUUAACUUGAUAAAAGAUGUCCUUAGCAUUAUGUAGAAAUAUACUAAGCCUUUCGGCCAAAACUCCGCUGCAAAUAUCUGUGAGACAUUAUGAUAUCCCGGAGCACCUCCAGAAAGUGGCUUCGGACCCGAAUCCGAGUUUCUACAGGAUGGUGGAAUACUUCUACCACAACGCGGUGAAAGUGUGCGAGGCGAGUCUACUGGAGUACCUGCAGAAACACACGCAUUUGUCUGAUAAGAAACGUCGACAGAGAGUUACUGGUAUUUUAAAAGUAAUGGGAUCCUGCAACAGCUCCCUCCAGUUUGAGUUUCCUUUGCAAAGAAAAAAUGGAGACUAUGAAAUAGUACAGGGUUACCGCUCACAGCACAGUGUGCAUCGACUGCCCUGUAAAGGAGGUAUACGGUUCUCUGAUGAAGUGAACAUGGAGGAAGUGAAGGCUCUAGCCGCCUUGAUGACGUACAAGUGCGCUUGUUCCAGUAUUCCGUUCGGAGGAUCCAAAGGAGGUGUUGCGAUAAACCCAAAGAAAUACACGAUAGCUGAGCUGCAAAGAAUCACGAGACGGUACACUUUGGAACUGGCUAAGAAAAAUUAUAUAGGUGCCGGCAUCGAUGUUCCGGCUCCGGAUAUGAACACGUCAGGCCGGGAGAUGUCUUGGAUCGUCGACACCUACAUUAAGACAUUAGGUUACCACGAUAUCAAUGCGGCUGCGUGCGUGACCGGCAAGCCGAUCAACGGCGGCGGCAUCCACGGCCGCGUCGAGGCCACCGGCCGCGGCGUCUUCAUGACCAUCAGCACCUUCAUGCACGACGAAUACUGGAUGAAGGAGAUCGGCAUCGAGCCAGGGUUCAAGAACAAGACGGCUAUAAUCCAAGGAUACGGCAACGUGGGGAGCUACGCCGCCGUGUAUCUUCAACAGCACGGUGUGAAGGUCAUCGGUGUUCAGGAGGUGGACUGCAACCUGCACAACCCUGAAGGGAUCAAUACCACGGAGUUACAGCAGUACAAAGCGAAAAACAAGGGUUCCGUAAAGGGAUUCUCGGGCGCCAAAGAGAUGGGCCCCGAGCUCCUGUUCGAGAAGUGCGACAUACUGGUGGUGGCUGCUAUGGAGAAGACCGUCAACACAGAAGUAGCUUCCAAACUCAAUUGUAAAGUGAUAGGCGAAGGCGCGAACGGUCCCACCACCCCGGCAGCCGACGCGAUCCUGCGCGACAAGAAGAUCCUCGUGCUGCCGGACCUGCUCGCCAACGCGGGCGGCGUCACCGUCUCCUACUUCGAGUACCUGAAGAACAUCAACCACGUCAGCUUCGGGAAGCUCAGCAUCAAGUUCUGGCGGGACUCUAAUACUGCGCUGUUGGACUCCGUGGAGCAGUCUCUGAAGGCGGCCAAGGUGGACGCGAAGAUCGAGCCGUCGCCGGUGUUCCAGACGAUGAUGUCUGGCGCCAGCGAGAUUCACAUCGUCAACUCGGGGCUCGAGUACUCUAUGGCCAACGCUUGUCAGAACGUGAUGCGCUCAGCUAAAAUGCACAACCUGGGACUUGACCUGCGCACCGCCGCGUACAUUACAGCUAUAGAGAAGAUUUUCGUCACAUACGAUGAAAUGGGCUUGGCGUUAUAAACUGUCCUCAGUUAACUGUCCAAGACCAACCGAAUUGGGUUAGGGUUUAUUGAAGAAAACUAAUUGGAUUGGUUGCAGCUGCAGCUGUGGCUGUGCUAAAUAAAAAUUGCCAUACAGAAAAUUCCAAAAUUUUGUAGCAUAUUAUAUGAGUAUUAUCUUUGUAUCAAAUUUACCAAUUUGAUUUUGUAUUGGCAUGACAAAAGAAUUACUUUAAGAUCUGAUGGUAAGCUGUAGUUCAAACGCCAUGUUGAACACAGCCGGAGCAUGAGCGCUUCGAACAUUUUAGACCCUUUUCUGUCCAUUUUUUUAGGUCUACUGGCAAACGUUAAAUGUUCAAGUUGUUCUCCUUCUCUUCUCUUCUGACUCCAGCCGAUUUUAAUAAACGAUCCCAAACUUGACCUCCGUUCGAUAAACCUAUCAAAAUCAUUCAUUUGUAAAGCAUGUCAAAAAACCUCACCUGAUUGGUUCUUUUUCUCUAUCUAUCGAGGAAGAGCGAUUGGUGUAGUUUAUUGAAAUCGGUGGUACAUGCAUUGUGUCUACGUCAUCACUUGAGCCCUAGAAAUCCUCCAUGGGACCUCGCCUUGACCACGCUGACCGUAUCCAGUAGAAGGCGUAAGAACUUCAGCACUGAUUUAAAAGGUGGCUAAUUCAUACCAUGCCAGAUUUUUCACAAUAUUUACAGAGGUUGCUAUUUGCUAUUCCACCGUCUAAACUACACCCCACAAAUAUUCUUUAUGUAUAUACAAUGGUUGUUUGAUUGUACUAAUAUUUUUAUGUGAAUAUUAUGUAUUAUGUCCAUGUACGAAUCACCAGAAAAUGGACUAAGACCUUGGUCAGUUCUGUAAUUUUUACAUUUGUUACUUUUAUGUGUUUACUGUUUGUCAUAAAUAUAAAGUGCAUUAUGUUA